GCAACAAUCAAAUCUCUUUGCAAAGGGAAAAGGCGAAGGGCAAUGGCGGAAGGAGAAGAGGAUCUGCCGAGGGAUGCUAAGAUUGUCAAAUCACUGCUGAAAUCAAUGGGCGUUGAGGAAUAUGAACCUCGCGUUAUCCAUCAGUUUCUUGAGCUAUGGUAUCGCUAUGUCGUGGAUGUGUUGUCGGAUGCACAGGUUUACUGUGAGCAUGCCGGCAAGCAAACCAUCGAUUGCGAUGAUGUCAAGCUCGCUAUUCAAUCCAAAGUCAAUUUCAGCUUCUCACAACCCCCGCCAAGAGAGGUGCUUUUGGAAUUGGCAAGAAAUAGGAACAAAGUUCCAUUGCCGAAGGCAAUACCAGGGCCUGGAAUUCCCCUUCCACCUGAGCAGGAUAUAUUGAUAAGAACGAACUACCAAUUUGCUAUCCCUAAGAAGCAAUCGGCUCCGGCAAUGGAAGAGACUGAAGACGACGAAGAAAGUGUUGAACCGAAUUCAUCGCAAGAGCAGAAAACCGAUGUGCCACACCCAACAUCUGGGAGAGUAUCGUUUCCUCUCGCUAAGCCCCCCAAGUGAAGACUCGUUUUUAUAAGCUGUUUCAAAAAUCCAUCCAUGCAGGAUAAUAUAUGCUUUUAAGUUUUAUCAUGUUCAUCAAAACGAUGAUUGAUGUUUCAUCUGAUAUCAUGAUGCAAUGUAAUAGAUCAUUGAAAUCUAUCCAAGUUACUGCUUCAAUUCUUAA